CUGGUUUAAUUGGGCUGCAGUGGUUAAUUACACAAUGUUCUGAGGUGCAGGAGAAAUCCAGCUGCUCGGGGGUAUAUAAGAGACUAACAGCUGCCGCUCAACCUACAACCAACAACCAGCAGGAGCUCAGCAAACACCUGCCUGUAGACGCGUGUGUUUGUAUUGUUCUGUGCUGAGAGUGACGUGGUGGAGUGGAAUAAUGGCUGGAUCUGCUCUGAUUUCCCCUCUCGUACUGAUGACCUGUGUCCUGCUGCCCCUCUGUGCUGCUCAAGGGAGCUGCAGGGGCCGGUGUGGGGAGCCCUUUAUCCGGGGUCAGCUGUGUAACUGUGACCAUAGCUGCCUCACACACAACGAGUGCUGCAAAGACUAUGAAGAAGCCUGCACUUUCCGUGGAUCGUGCAGGGGGCGGUGUGGGGAGGAGUUUCAGAGGGGGAGAGAGUGUGAGUGUGACCCGGACUGCACUCUCUACAACACCUGCUGCUCUGAUUACCACGGACAGUGCGCUGAGAGUGCACUAGCAGCCAGGAGCGCUAAACAGUCCAAGCCAACAGGGCUACCCAAGACCAAGGCACAGGAGAAGACAGAGUUCCAGCUUCUGAAAUCUUGUAAGAAGCCGUCAGACAGCGGGAGUGAGGAGAAGAUGAGGGCAGAUUAUUCUGGAAGACAGGAUGAUUCAAUGCUCCCCCCAGCUGAGUACGGUCCAGAUGCUUUUGGACAUGGAUCUGGUCCCAGUGUUCUGGACAGCCUGGCUGAGUUAAUGCCCCUGACCGCAGACUCAGUGAACCCUACAGGAGCCCCCCUCUACCCCCAGCUACCUGCCCACCCUGCAGAUAACACACCAGGAGGAUCUGCAGGAGGUCCACUCCAGCCUGGAGCUUCUUCUCCAUCUGCACCAGGAAAACCCCUCACCAUCCCCAUACGGGUCUCCCUCUCCAUCACUGGCCAGGCAGGUGGGCCUCUGGGUGGAGGUGCAGGUGGGCCUCUGGGUGGAGCUGCAGGUGGUCCUCUGGGUGGAGGUGCAGGUGGGCCUCUGGGUGGAGCUGCAGGUGGUCCUCUGGGUGGAGGUGCAGGUGGGCCUCUGGGUGGAGCUGCAGGUGGUCCUCUGGGUCAGCUCUCUGGUGGCCCUGCAGCAGGAAGACCCAGCACACUGGAGGACAUCGCUCAGGCACUGGCAGACAGUAACCCAGCAGGAGGACUUCCCAAUGGCGGCCCCAGCCCUGACCUCUGUAACGGCUCUCCCAUCGACGCCCUCACCUCCCUGUUUAACGGCUCUGUCAUCGUUUUCCAGGGUCACUUCUUCUUCCUCCUGGACCCAAAAACCAGAAGCGCAGGACCUGCUCAGAGCAUCACCGAGCAGCUGGGCAUCCCCUCCCCCAUCGACACGGCAUUCACACGCUGCAACUGCCAGGGCAAGACCUACAUCAUCAAGGGUGAUCAGUACUGGGUGUUUGAGAACGGUGUGAUGGAGCCUGGUUACCCCAGGUCUUUAUCUCAGGAUUUUGAUGGACUCUCUGGAGAAAUCACCGCUGCUCUGUCUGUUCCAGCCACCAGGAAACGGCCCGAGUCCAUCUACUUCUUUAAAAAAGGAGGUACAGUGCAGAAGUAUUCGUACCCGGCUGGAAGUGGGCCAACCUGCACUGGAAAGAAAAACAAGAAUUCUGUUUACAACAAGAUCCGCCGCGCUCGCCAAGCAGAGAUCCGCCUGUCCGCUGAGAUCAACAUCAACCUGAACUGGAAGGGAUUCCCCACUCCCGUCACCUCCGCGCUGUCCGCACCAAACCCCAGGAAGCCUGACGGGUUCGAGUACUUCAUCUUCUCCUGGCCGAAAGUCUUCAACAUCAAGAUCAGCGGCGAGUUCCCCACCCUGACUUCCCCCGCGAAACCUCCAGCCCAGCAAAGCGACAUCAGAAACUGGCUCAACUGCCCCUAAAGGACUGAAGACAAGCACCAGCUAGCCACGCAGCUGCAGGUCAUCAUUUAUUAGCAAAAACACUGAACAGCUUCAGGGUCACUAUUCACAAAGUACAAAAUAGCAAAAAUAAAUUCAUCAGCAUGGCAGUAAAGCACAUCCAGAGCAAAUUCAUUAUUAAAAACUAAAAAUAUAUCAGCGCAGUUUUUCUUUAAGAUUGGAAUCUUCUGUUCAGACCUCGUCCUCUCCGAGGAAAGCCUGCAGAGAGAGAACAUAAAAAAAGAAACAGAAAAAUAAAUAUGGAAAUAAAUGGAUACAAAUCAUAGUUUUAAGUGUGUUACAUGUGUUUAGACUCUUACAAACACUGUAAUAAACAUUCAUUGUUUAUUAA